GUUUCAUUUCAACUUUUUCUGGAUCGAAUAAUAUUCUUCCCGGUGGCUUCGUCCUCCUCCUUCCGCCACAACGAUUUCCACCACCAACGGCUGCCUGAACCCUAAGAUUCGCCCAAUCCCUCUCCCAGAAAUUAUUCCCGGUUCCCACUUCAUAAUUUCAUUUGUCUUCCUCCAGAGAGUCAGGGCUUUCGAGACGCCAUGGAUUUUUCCAUCGUUGUAAAGCGGAUAGACAGUUGAGCUUCGCAUUUGUUGGCGAAAGUCUUCCGUUUGAUCGGCAAUUUUCAGCAUCGGAUCAUAGCCACCCAAGUCGGAAGAAUCUCCGAAGAUGGAGAAAGUAAUGAACUUGAUAAAGCCCAAGGCCAAUCCACAGCAGCAGUUGAGGGAUUGGCAGCGGAGGCUCCGUCAAGAGAGCCGUAACAUUGAGCGUCAAAUCAGAGAUAUUCAGAGAGAAGAGAAGAAUGUACAGAAAGCAAUCAAAGAAGCAGCCAAGAGAAACGACAUGGGCUCUGCUAAGGCGCUUGCUAAGGAGCUUGUGAGAUCUAGGCAAACAGUGAACCGUCUUCAUGAGAAUAAGGCACAAAUGAAUUCCAUAUCAAUGCACCUUGGAGAAAGUGUGGCAAUUGCACGCACUGUGGGGCAUCUAUCAAAGAGUGCCGAGGUUAUGAAACUUGUCAAUAACCUGAUGAAAGCUCCAGAAGUUGCUGUUACUAUGCAAGAGUUCAGCAAAGAAAUGACCAAGGCUGGAGUGAUUGAAGAGUUUGUGAAUGAAGCUGUGGACAAUGCUCUGGACACAGAAGAUAUGGAGGAGGAGAUCGAGGAAGAAGUGGACAAGGUGUUGACUGCUAUAGCUGGUGAGACUGCAGCUGAAUUGCCGCAGGCAGUCAGAAAGGAGAGAGUAAAGCAACCAGCUCAAACUGCUAGAGCAGCUGAGAAGCCAUUGCUGAGGGUGGUGAUGACGAGGAAGAACUAGAAGAGAUCAGGGCUCGACUUGCCAAAGUUAGGUCUUGAGUAAUCAUCAGUUGCUUUUUAAAUGCUCGUCGUCUCAAUGAGGAAAUUCUGAAAAAAGCAGCCGGUAACUAGAUUGGCCGCCAUCUGUACCGCGGAUGACCUGAUAUCGUUAUCCGACUGCUUCACACCUCAUAUGUACAAAGAAGGAAGUAGUUAAUAUCUUUCCUGCCCUGCAAAUCUGCAAUGCCCUGCCUUUUGUGGCACUCGAGAUCCCUGUUCACGGUUCAUCCGAAGGCUGCAUUUCUGCCAAUUUGAUCGUCCUGUGUUUUUAUCUGUGCCUCGACUGUCGAAGUGGAUACAUGAACACACUUUGACCUCAAAACAAGGAUCAUUCGUCGAAUUCAAGGUAAAUCCUGAACAUUAUGGUAGCCGAUGGCUCCAAGUACGUAAUCUAGCCUAUAUCUCUCACAUUGCAUUCAUUAUUCAAUACCCAUAUAAUAGAUAUCCCUUUUCGUAAUCUGCCUAAGCAUAUGAAAAUCACUUGUACAAAGUAACUCCUUUGUGUAAUCUGCCUAAACAUAUGGAAAUCGCAUAUGCAAAGCAACUGUUUUCUAUGCAGAGUUGACAUAGAUGCAUGGCAUUCCAAGUUGCACAUGUGGGCUGAACUGAUAAAUCAGCUAGAUUGCAGAUUUGGCAAUGAAAUUAAAUUAGGAAAUUUGGUGUAUAAACACAAUUUAUGGAGG